AUGCAAUAUAUUGUGACGGCAUUAGGUGAAUUCAAGUCUAUUCAAGGCUUGGGAAUUCAACUGAAAGAAACAUUUAUCGACAAGCUCACGACAUGCGUUAUUCCUGUCAACCGCACCAAUCCUACUACAACAACGCGCGUUAACCCAACGACUGUUACACCAAAUCCUUCUUCGAAUCCCCCGAUCAAUUCGGGCAACAACUCAAUUAGGACAGCAGGCUGCAGGGGCCGUUCGGUAGUCGUUGGAGAAGGCUGUGUUGAUCUAAUAUACAUUGCUGAUUGCUCAAAGAGUGUGGGAGCAGUAAACUUUAACUUAAGUCUAGACUUUGUUGGUCGCUCGGCGUCACUUUUUAACAUUACAGGAGGAGAAGCUCGUGUGACUCUCAUCACUUAUGACGACAACGUGCACCUACAAAUACCCCUCAACAAAAACUUGACUCUUAACGAAACGUUGGAGAGAAUAAACAAGACCAAGUUCUGUGGAGGUGCUACUGCAACGAGGAAGGUGUUGAAAUUUGUUAGAGAAGAAGUGAUGCCACUCAGUAGAAAUAAUUGCAAACGAGCGCUGUUUCUGUUUUCUGACGGAAUAAACAACUGGGCUGGGGACCCACUAGAAGAAGCUCGAGCUCUGAAACAAGAAAAAGGUGUCGACAUUUACACUAUAGCUUUUGGAGUUAACAAAGAAAUCCGAGUUGACAAACCUGCAUUGGAGAAACUGGCAUCGAAACCAGAAUAUUAUUUUGCAGUAAGAAGUGCUAGUGAAAUAAAGUUAGCAUUGGAUAGCACUUUCAAUUUAUCGAUUGACUACUGUCAUGAUUGUGGCCUAACUGCUGCUUCAACAUGUAGACACAGGGAACACGGAGUGUGUUUUUCAGAAAAAGGUUCUUGGCCUUGGGUGGCAGCAAUUUACAAGAAAACUUCAAACAACCAAGUUUUCCACUGCGGAGGCGCUCUAAUUAGCGAUUGUUUUAUUCUGACCGCUGCUCAUUGCGUGAGUGGUAUUAAGCCUGACAAUCUGACGGUCGUUCUCGGCGACACGGAGCGUCAUGUUAAAGAAUACAGCGAGAUAAUAUUUGCUGUUGAUAAAAUCCACAUCCAUAAUAGCUAUAAACACAACAGUGGGAGUUUAAACUAUGACAUCGCUCUGCUACAAUUGAAAUGCAAUGUGUCUUGUUCUCCAUACGUUCGAAAAGUCUGUUUGCCCACCAGAGAGGACUUUGGCUAUUACCGCGCAGGAACGAAAUGCAUUGUAGCAGGAUGGGGAGCUACUGAAAAGAGAACACUAGACGAAAAACGUACUCAUAAAACUACCAGCUUGAAAGAAUUGCAUCUUCCGAUUGCAGACAAAGCCGCUUGUUUAGACAGUACAUCGGAUGAUCUCAAACAUGACAUUACAAACUACACUGUUUGUGCAGGAGACGGCACCGGUAAUAAUGAUGCUUGCGAUGGUGAUUCUGGAGGACCUCUGUUUUGCAAGCGCAAGAAUGAUAAAGAAAUCGGUCCCGACAGCUAUGUCAUUGUGGGAAUAGUCAGCUGGGGAGAAGGAUGCGGACAGGCUGGAAAAUACGGGGUAUUUACACACUUGUUCAACUUGAUGGAUUGGGUUCGGCGCGUGUUGGACAUAAACAAAUGCAAGCAAUCGUUCAACGAAGAAGAGAAAGAACAGUGUCUUAACCCUGCAGUUAGCUUGGUUUGAUGCUAGCAUGUAAUUACGGUUUUUGCUAAAGACUGACGUAGCUAGUUACUCUAGAUACUUAACUCGAUUUCUGCUGAAAAUUGCACGUUUAGUAGAUUACUUCGUGACGGUGUUACUGUAUGUAGAAAUGUCAAUUGGUAAGAGAAUAAACUUCUUGUUGUUGAUUUCG